UGCUUCAUAAGUUUAUAUUUUUGCGAAUUAUGAUGUUGUUGGCUUCUAUAACUUAUUAUUGCAGUAGCUAUAUAACUUAGAUCUCAACCAAAAUCAUUACAAUUUUCACUAUUGAUCUACACCACCACAAUUAAUUCCACCAUAAAUGUUUUUUCCAGUCUAUCCACCACCAUUUACUUUCAAUCACAUUCUCCAUAAAAUAAAAGAAAUGAUGUAAAAGAAAAGGUGACAAGAUCGAAUUUUGAGGUUACGUUAAGUCCUAUAAUUUGAACAAAAAUGGCUAUUGACUUAAGAAUUUGGAAUCUCGAUGUGAUGAGUAUGUAUGAAGGCAACGGACCCACCCACCCACAUGGUAAUUUAUUUGUGUUUCAGUGCUGCCAUUGAUGACCCAUAUUGAGUUCCCUUUCCCCAAGGCGUUCAAUCAGGAAAAUAUUUGAUCUUUGCCGACACAGUAAUAAAUUAAUUGGGUGUUCAACUGCAUAUAGAUAUGCACAUUAUGUCAUUUGAAACGGUUUCUCUCUCCCUUUCUAGAUUCUCUUAAAUGGGGUUUAACUUAAAGGUUUCGGUGUCACAAAGGGCUGAGUUUGGAAUCUUCUGGUGGUUAAAGAAGUUGUUUUUUGUGUCAGAACAGCUCUGUUUUGCUUUCUAUUUUUAUAUGGAGGGGUUGACCUAAAUUUGUUGUCUGAUUCCUAAAAUUUUGUAGUAUAUCCUCCAAUUGUAUUUUGCUGUGGGACUGAGAUUUGGGGUCGGUUUCAUAUGGGAUGUGUGACCUGUUGUGCGUGUGUGUGUGUGUGUGUGUGUGUGUGUGAGAGAGAGAGAGAGAGAGAGAGAGAGAGAAGAAAUCACCUCUCUGCAUUUUGCUGCAUUGAUUGCAGCUUUGAUGAAAUCAACAACUGGGUUAUUGCAGUUUUGUGUUUUUCUUUAGCUUUUUUAGCUCUGGGAUAUUUUCCCUGUUCAGAGAGAGAGAGAGUUUAGCAAUUCUUCUUGAAGAUCUGUGCAAGAACUGCUGAGAAAUUUGAAUGUGCAGUUUUGAGGAAUUAGCAGAAUAACUAAGUUUUUGGAGUUGAAGAGAUGGCUUGUAUGAAGUUGGGAUCCAAAACUGAUGCAUUCCGGCGGCAAGGCAAAGCCUGGUUCUGCACCACCGGUCUCCCGAGUGAUGUAGUUGUCGAAGUUGAGGAAAUGUCUUUUCAUCUUCACAAGUUUCCGUUGCUCUCGAGAAGCGGGGUCAUGGAGCGGCUCAUUGCAGAGGCAUCCGAGGGCGAAGAAGGCUGUGUCAUCAGACUCUCCGACGUUCCCGGUGGAGCAAAAACGUUCGAGCUCGUAGCUAAGUUCUGCUACGGGGUGAAACUCGAGCUCACUGCAUUGAACGUGGUGCACGUUCGCUGCGCUGCUGAGCAUCUCGAAAUGACUGAAGAGUAUGGGGAGGGCAAUCUCGUUUCUCAGACCGAAAUCUUUCUCAAUCAGACGGUUUUACGCAGCUGGAAAGACUCUUUGAAAGCACUGCAGACGUGUGGCGAUGUGCUCUCCGAGGCCGAGCAGCUCCACGUCCCGAAAAGGUGCAUCGACUCCUUGGCUGCCAAGGCGUGCACCGACCCUGCUCUGUUCGGGUGGCCUAUGACGGAGCGUGGUGGCCCGAUGCAGAGCCCCGGAGGAAGUGUCUUGUGGAACGGGAUAAGCACGGGCGCUCGGCCUAAAAAUUCGAGGGCAGAUUGGUGGUACGAGGAUGCAUCGACUUUGCCCCUGCCUCUCUACAAAAGGCUGAUUUCGGCCAUGGAAUCCCGGGGCGUAAAGCAGGGGAUGAUCGCUGGCUCUCUCGUUUGUUAUGCGAGAAAAUACCUACCCGGCCUAAACCGGCGCCAGGGUGGCAUUGAAGAAUCAACCAACUGUCUUGCAACGGUUGGAUCGGCUGCCUUGCUCUCGGAACAAGAACAAAAAACUCUCGUUGAAGAGAUCGAUCGCUUGCUUCCCCUGCAGACGGGUCUGGUUCCGACAAAACAUUUGUUCGGUCUGCUUAGAACAGCCAGGAUUCUUCGACCCGAUGCCCCGUGCAUAUUGAACCUAGAGAAACGGAUAGGGAUGCAGCUCGAUCAGGCGAUACUCGAGGAUCUCCUUAUGCCGAACGUCUCUUAUUCGAUGGAGACUCUGUACGACGUGGACUGCGUUCAGCGGAUUCUCGAGCAUUUCUUGACCAUGGAUCAGGUGGUUGGUGACGCAUCUCCCGGCUCGGCUGAUGAUGGACAAUCGACUGGACCGCCAUCUCUAACACCCAUCACCACGGUGGCCAAGUUAAUCGACGGAUAUCUCGCGGAGGUCGCCCCCGACGUACACCUAAAACUCCCCAAAUUUCACUCACUUGCUGCAGCCCUGCCAGACUACGCCCGGCCCUUGGAUGACGGCCUUUAUCGCGCUAUCGACGUUUAUCUCAAGUCUCACCCAUGGUUGGCUGAGCCCGAGCGAGAGCAGCUCUGCAGGCUGAUGGACUGCCAGAAGCUCUCGCUCGAAGCUUGCACCCACGCAGCCCAGAACGAGAGGCUGCCAUUGAGGAUAAUAGUUCAAGUCCUCUUCUUCGAGCAGCUGCAGCUUAGAACCUCCAUUGCAGGCUGCUUCCUCGUCUCUGAAAACCUCGAUGGCUCGAAACAGCUGAGAAGCGGGCUGAUGGGGGCGAACGAGAACCAAGUCCUGAAAGUCGGGAUGGAUAGCAUGAGGAUGAGGGUGGCCGAGCUCGAGAAGGAAUGCUCCAACAUGAGGGAAGAGAUCGAUAAGCUAGGCAAGGCGAAAGGGUCGUCGCCUUCGAGCGCGUGGGGAAACAUGUCGAAGAAGUUCGAGUUCCGGUUGAAGUCCCAAAUGUGCAGUGCGCAGGAGGGAUCUGUGAGCAAGCAAAAGAUUGACAAGGUUGGAGAGAAACAAGGGAAGGGAAAGAAAAGGGUACAUUUGAAUGAACAGAAAAAACUAAUUUCUUGAUAUUAAUUGUUUGUUGUUGUGUGUGAUAUUUGAUGAUCAGUCUUAGGUAUAGGGAAAGUGUAAUUGUGUGAACUCUGUUGAGGAAAUUUCUUUUUUUCUCAUGUAAUUUUGAACAUUCUGUCCGAGUCCUUCACAUUUUGUUGAUCUAUGUAACAUAUUGAUAGAAUUAAAGUAUAAUUUUGUGAA